CGCCGAGGGAGUGGCGGCGGCUGUCCCGGGAGCUGGAGGUCCGGGAGCUCGCCGAGAUGGCGGAGGCCGCGCCGCUGGUGUGGGUUCGCGGCCCCGGCUUCGGGUGCAAGGCGGUGCGCUGUGCCUCGGCCCGGUGGUCCGUCCAACAAGUGGUCCGCCGACACUGCCGGGAUCAGGCUGUUCCAGUGGAAUGCUUUUUUGUGAAGUGCAAUGGAUCACUCGUUGAUGCCAACGACAGAGUGCAGCAUGGUGCAGUUUAUAGUUUGGAACCCAGGCUCUUCGGUGGAAAAGGAGGGUUUGGAUCUAUGCUUCGUGCACUUGGUGCUCAGAUUGAGAAGACAACCAAUCGAGAAGCUUGCCGGGACCUCAGUGGAAGGAGGCUACGAGAUGUCAACCAUGAAAAAGCGAUGGCUGAGUGGGUGAAACAGCAAGCUGAGCGAGAGGCUGAGAAGGAGCAGAAGCGCUUGGAGCGCCUGCAGCGGAAGCUUGCAGAGCCCAGGCCUUGCUUUACCAGCCGGGCGUACCAGCAGCAAUGCCAUGAGAUGGCUGAACGCUUGGAGGACUCUGUCCUCAAAGGCAUGCAGGCUGCCUCCAGCAAGAUGGUGUCAGCAGAGACUGGUGAGAGUCGGAAAAGACCCAACAAAUCAAAAGCAGACAGAGGAGCCAGAGCAGGGAAAAGGAAGUGCUUUUGGUUGGGCAUGGAUGGACUGCAGACGGCAGAGGAGUCCAGCUCAGAGACCUCGGAUGAUGAUGGGGAAGAAGCUCCUAGUACUUCGGGAAUGAGCCCGCAGGCUCUAGACGGCGGCCGCGAUGACAUGGAGCUGGCAGCCGGGUCCUCCCACCACUGUCCAGGGGCAAGUGUGCCGAGUGCGGCCUCUCGGUCCCUGGAGCCACCGCUGACCCCAGGGACAGGCUCUGGGCAUGCUGUCUCUGCAGGCAGGUGUGCCACGUUGGGGCAGAGCUCUGCCGAGGGUCGUGUGGAUGAGACGAUGGCCGUGGAAACGGAGAAAAGCCAGGAGGAGAGGGGGACAGAAGGUGAAGAGCCCAAGGAAGAUGAGGCCGCAGGCCCUGGAGCGACCGGGGAGCUAAAGCAGUUGGAGAUGGCUGGCAGGGACAGAGCUGCGGAGGCUGCGCCUGGAGAGGGCAGGGAAAGCGCCCCACUUGCCAGCCUGGAGGGAAGCCAGUCAGGAAGCACAGAUCCCGGUCAGGACACGAUUGAUCUGCUGGCAUUCAGCUCUGUAGCUGAGAUGGAGGCACUGGGUUUGGACAGGCUCAAGUGUGAACUGAUGGCCCUGGGACUGAAAUGUGGGGGCACCCUGCAGGAGCGGGCAGCGAGACUCUUCUCUGUCAGGGGACUGACAAGGGAACAGAUUGACCCUGCUCUGUUCGCCAAGCCUUUGAAGGGGAAGAAGAAAUGAGUUUUAUCGGAGCUGGUUUCCUAUGUGUUUAUAGUCUAGCAUUUGUAGCCUGCAUAAUGUUGACUCUUGGCCAUUAUUCAGCUGAUAUUAAAGCUGACUUUUUAAUGACCCA